AACGGCAACAACGAAUAUGGAGGACUCGCCAAUCAGCUUCAUGCCGGAGAGAUACUGGACAGAGGAGAAAGAAAGGACACUCAUUUCAUUCUUUUCCAAGAACAGUUGCCUGUGGAACCAUAAAUUAGAAAGCUACAAAAAUCGACCGCUGAGAUGGAAAAUGCUGGAACAUUUGAGAAUUCUUCUGUCCGCCCAACCCCCACCAGCUCCUUUCACAGUGGAAGACAUCAAGAGCAAGUUCAAGAACCUUCGUACCACCUUUCAAAGGCAGCACAAAGCGGUGAAGGCGAGUGAGGUGUGCGGUCCAGAUGUGUUUGUACCGCAGUGGAAGUACUAUCAGCAGCUGAUGUUCCUGCAGGCGGCAGGCCUGGAUGACUGCAAGAAUGCCCCUCUGCGGUCCUCAUUAAUUGUUUCACAGGAGGAGAGCGAACAUGUUCUCACCUCCCCGGGACUCAUCAUCUCCAUCCUUCCUCCGGAAUCCUCCCCCACAACCACCGCCUCCUCGCCAUCCUACAUCCUCUCCAACAUGGUAGCGAAAUCCUUUUGGACAGAAGAGAAAGAACGUGCACUUAUUGAUUUCUACGCAGAACACAGCUGCCUGUGGAACAAGUCGUCGAAAAACCAUAACAAUCGUCCGCUCCGACUGAAACUCCUGAAGAUUCUGAGGAGACGGUUGUCCGACCACUCUUCCACCUUCUCGAUUGAAGACAUAAAGUGCAAGUUCAAGAAUCUUCGGACAGUUUUUAACCGCGAAUACAAAGUGGUCCAAGUGAGCAGGACCUCUGAUAAGCGCUACCACUCCAAAUGGAAGCAUUACCAGCGCCUGCUCUUCCUCUGCGAGUGGUGGAAAGAUGAAGAGAGCCCGGACAACCCGCGGGAGCCGACGCCCCGGGAAGCGCUGGAGCUCGGGCGCCAAUCGGCGUCGUCCGCCCCGAGCAGCUCCUCGUGCUCCACCCAAACCAACAAUGCCGGCUUCAGCAACGCAUCCGCUUCCUCCAACAUUAAACAGACGGACGCCGACACCGAUACGUCCGCUGGCUUCCACAUUUUCACGGCCGCUUCAGAUUACGCUAAAGCGCAGGACCCGAAAACUGCUUCGCGAUCCGGUUCACCACCGGAUGGCAAACCUUGUGCAAACCCUCCCCCAAGAAAAUCCAGUCCAGUUCAACUCGAAUGUGGGCCCAUCUCUGACUCCCGCUGCCGCUGGAAUGAGAGCAAAGUUCACCAGCUCAUAUCGUUUUACUCCGAGCACGACUGUUUGUGGAACUACAAGUCAGAGAGGUACAAGAACAAGGCCACCAGACAGAGUCUGUUGGAGACGUUGAGCGUCUUACUCUCCAGCAAUGAACCGCUCCCCUUCGCAGUGAAAGACAUAAAAACAAAGUUUCGGAACCUGCGGACCAUCUUCCAACGUGAACAUAAGGCGGUGAACGCUAACAAAACCUGCGGUUCGGAAGACUUUUAUGUGCCCAAGUGGAAACACUACAGAGAGCUGAUGUUCCUCUGCGACUCUUGUGACGAAGAGCAGCAGCCCGACGAUGUCCUCUUUCACCAAGCCGCGGACGACAGCCUCCAUCCUGCAGACUACCAAGCCCCUCUCACCUCCCCCUCCCGGCGGUGCCGCGACUCACCUCAAACCGCCAAUCGAGUGCCGAACCAAACGAAGACACUUGAAUCUCCGCCCUUGCCGCCCCCGCCGGACGCCCGGCACUCAAUGUCUUCGUCUUCGUCCUCAACAUGCUCAUCUCACCCCGACGGCGGCGCGUUGGGCCACAAACGUGGAAACCAACAGCCGGCGGCGCCGCCUGCCGCCAUCGAGGCGCUGGAUUUCAUGAAGAAAGUCUAUCAAAGUCAGAUCACGUCCCCGCAUGCUGGCUUCCUGAAGUAUGUGGAGGAAUGUCUGAAUGAGGCUCCUCCGGACAAAGUCAAGCGAAUGAAGAUGAAGAUUAUUGAGACCAUCCACAACAUGUCAGAGGACGUUUAGGUGGCCCAAGAAAGCUUUGAACGUCAAUCCUGCCGGCCACGGACUCAUCGCAAUGUUGCAGUGAUGAUUUACACUCAAGCAGGAGAAGAG